GGUGCAUGCACGCACUUGCUGUUUAAAGACUCAAACCUGCAUCCGGGAAUACCAAGUCCCACAAUAGUCUGUCGUUACGCCGACUGAACAUGGUAAUGAUACUGCUUCAAAUAACCAUUGUGGUCGCCAGCUCUUGGCUAUGUCCUUGAGGGGGGAAUGGGGUAUUUGCAGCUCGUUCACGCCAUGCUCAAGUUCACUGUCUUGGAAGAUAAAGUUUUUAUGACGAAAAUUUGCUGAUAAUUACUAACCGCUGUGUAAAAUCUGCAGAACUAUAUAAUACCGGGAAGAAGGCACCACAGACACUUACCUUUAAACUCUUGGAAAGGUAUCAGCAUGCAUUCUUCAGUUUCUUAUAUGUUUAUUCAUUGCUGCAGCUUAUUUAGUUUGUGUCUGUGUACUGCUUACAUUACAGUGAAAGCCGGUUCCGUUGCUCGAGAUGUGAAAACGGAAGUUGUCACCCCUGCGUUGAAGUGCGGGGAGGGACCUCACUGGAGCUCCAGCGAGAAAGUGCUCUACAUGGUGGACACCGUGGGCGAGAAGGUUCUCAGAUACGACCCUGCAACCAACACCACCGCCUCCAUUAACAUAGGUGGAGGUCAGGUAACGUUCAUAGUUCCAAUGAAGGGGGAUAAAAACACAUUUCUGAUCAGCAUUCAGCAGUGUUUAAACAUCUUGACUUGGCAUGGACGCACCAGCGACUUCCGCCUGAAGCAGAUAGCCUGCGUGGAGAACGACAAGCCUGGCCACAGGCUGAACGAUGGGAAAGCUGAUUGCACCGGCAGAUUGUGGACAGGUACCAUUGGAAAUGAGAUCUCUCAAGGAGUAUUUGAAAGCUUUCAAGGAGCACUUUAUUCUGUGGAAAACACUUUCCACAUCAUUCGCCAUUAUGCUGGAAUCAGUAUUUCCAAUGGCAUUGCUUGGAGUCCUGAUCAUAGAACAAUGUAUUUCAUAGACAGUGAUGCUUACAGAGUUUAUGCCUUUGAUUUCAAUAGCACAUCUGGGCAUGUCAGUAACAUGUACACCUUGGUUGACUUCAAAAAACAGAACAUAUCAGGGUUUCCAGACAGCAUGACUGUUGAUCGCAGUGGAUCACUCUUUGUUGCUUGUUAUGGAGGGCAACAGGUUAUUCGAGUGGACCCUAGUAACGGAAGAGUUUUGCAAGAAAUAAAAAUUCCAGCACUCGACGUCACAAAUGUGGUGUUUGGAGGUUCCAAUCUGGAUGAGCUGUAUGUUACUACAGCUAGUGAACGAGCGAGUGAAGAAGAUAAGAAAAGAUUUCCACUAACAGGACACACGUUUCGCCUCACUGGCCUAGGGUUUCAGGGACUGCCAGAAUAUGAAUUUGUUUACAAUCCAGGACAAGUGAAAAAAAAAAAGUACGGAGGCGUAUUGAGAAGAUUUUAAAGACUGGGAAGGGGGUGGAUCUUCUUGAGAUUUAAGAUUUAAUAUAUGAUUUUUUCACCCCAACAAUUUCCAAUAAAACUGUUUGCAUUUACCUGACAGCUAGUUAUUUAUACUGAUCUUAAUCUAAAAUCCUUAUAUUAAUUAAUAUGGGAGUAUUACAUACCAAAUAUUAUGCAACAUGUACAUAAACAAUAAUUUAGAUGCUUUCUUUUACAUAUUGUUUGUGAAGGCAAUCGAGAAAUGUAUUAUUUAAUAAUUUUUUUAAUAAAUCAGUAUUUUACCAUGUACCUUAAAA